AUGCCCUCCAUAAGUUCAAAGCAGCAGCUCAACUCGAAACACCCUGGAGCAACUCGUCCUGGAAGGCCACCGUUCAACGGGCCCGUCCCCGGAGACCCUCCUUCCCGGUGUGACUCGGAGCCUCCCUUUCUGACGCGCUCGAAAAUACGCUGGAGAUGGAGGCUUGUCGGGGAUUCCUGGGGUCCCAGUUGCCUCGCGUUUUCUUAUCCCAAAGCCUUUUUGGAUCUUUGGAGUCGAGGUCUCUCCAUCAGUCUCGAGACGCGCAGACCCCCGGCCUUUUUCCUCCCAGUGUUGACAGUGAAGUACUGGCCCGAACCUGGAGCGGACACUGAUCUGAGGCGGGGUUUAGAUUCCAAUCAAGAAAAUGAUUUGCUCCGGGAAGAGAAGAUCCUUGAAAGAGCAGCCGUUCCCAACUUACUCCAGACUCCACAAGUAUCAUUCUCCGAAUCUGAUAUUCCAUCCUCAGAAAGUACUGAGUUACCUGUGGACUGGAGUAUUAAAACUCGACUCCUUUUCACCUCUUCUCAACCCUUUACCUGGGCAGAUCAUUUGAAAGCACAGGAAGAAGCUCAAGGUAUCAUCCAGCAUUGUAGAGCAACAGAAGUUACUUUGCCUCAAAGCAUACAGGAUCCCAAACUCUCCACCGAGCUCCGUUGUGCCUUCCAGCAGAGCCUUAUCUACUGGCUCCACCCUGCCUUUUCUUGGCUACCACUGUUCCCUCGAAUUGGAGCUGAUAGAAAAAUGGCCGGAAAGAUAAGCCCUUGGUCAAAUGAUGAAACCUUGCAACACAUUUUAAUGAGUGAUUGGUCUGUGAGCUUCACUUCUCUAUAUAAUCUGCUGAAGACAAAACUUUGCCCAUAUUUCUACGUUUGUACCUAUCAGUUUACUAUCCUGUUUCGUGCAGCAGGCUUAGCAGGAAAUGAUGUAAUCACAGCUCUCAUAUCUCCGACAACUAGAGGAAUAAGAGAAGCUAUGAAAAAUGAAGGUAUUGAAUUUUCUUUGCCGUUAAUAAAAGAAGAUGGCUAUGAGAAGAAAAAGACGCCUGGAACAAGCUUGGGAAAUGGGGGGGAACAAGUAAUCAGUGAUGAUGAUGAAGAUGAAGGUUUUUCCUGGCUGGAAGAGAUGGGUGUGCAAGAUAAAAUUAAAAAACCAGACGUACUCUCUAUCAAGCUACGCAAAGAGAAACACGAAGUGCAAAUGGACCACAAACCUGAGUCUGUUGUGUUGGUGAAAGGAAUGAACACCCUUACGUUGCUGAAUUUUUUGAUCAACUCUAAGAGUUUAAUUGCUAGCUCAGGCCCACAGGCAGGACUUCCACCAACCCUCUUAUCCCCUGUAGCCUUCCGAGGUGCCACAAUGCAAAUGCUUAAGGCACGAAGUGUAAAUGUGAAGACACAAGCUGUUUCUGGAUACAAAGAUCAAUUUAGUUUGGAGAUUACAGGUCCUGUCAUGCCUCAUUCUCUACAUUCUGUGACCAUGCUACUCAAAUCUUCACAGAAUGGGUCAUUUUCUGCUGGACUGUAUACACAUGAGCCAACAUCUGUAUUUAACAUCUGCCUGCCAGUGAACAGAGUACUGCAUAAGGAGACUCUUCAUGAGGAACUUGGUAACUGUGGGUUGCACUCUAAGACUCUGGACCAACUUAGUCAAACACCAGCACUGGGAAAAUCGUCUUUACGGCAUGUGGAAUUGAGGGACUUCGUUUUUAAUUGGAGAUCCUGAACACCAAACCCAUUUUUCUCAUCAAAACGGCUCCCAUUCCUCCAGUUACCGGGGCUGCUCUUAAGAACUGAUCCUAUCCAAAGAAAGAAAGGUAAAAUGUCCCCAUUUCACAGUUAGAAUUUGACUACAAAUGCAAUGUAACUUUUUUAAUCUUAUUUUAGUUCUAUAUCUGAUAUAGCAAUUAAAUUUAAGUUUCUAUACUUAUAUACAUACUGUCGUGUGGAUGCUAGUUAUUUUCACAUUAGCAUAAUAUAUUUUGAAAGUCAAAUAAGGCAAAUGAAUGGCAGUUUUAAACAGUGGCCCUCCUGCCCCCCUCCAAAAAAAAAAAUUAGAACACUCCUGUUUUCGUCCACUAUUUAGGUUCACUGGUAUCUCUUCUUAGCUUGCAAAAUAAAAAGAAGGCAAUGUUAAAACAGUCAAUAAUAUUAAUUGUCCCAGGUGUACCUAGUUAAUGAAUAAAGCCCAGAAAUCAUUUAGAAAUAGUUUGGACACUGAAGAAGCAUACUGUUAACAUCCCAAGUUUUAUUUCCCACUCUACCUUAAAGCAAGUAUAUUUUACUUAGAAAAUCCCUAUGAAGCAAAAAGAUAAAAAUCUUUAAAUUCUAUUUAUGCAGUAAGAAAUGGACAGUCAAAUAAAAUACCCUGUCAUUAUACCAAACUGAAUUUGAAUUCUUUUAAAUCCUAGCUUGAUGUUAAAAGACUUUUAAAAAACUCCUUAAACGUUUACAUACCUAGGCCUCGGUAGCAGCAGUGUUGUGAAUAGUAGGGCUGGCACUGACCGGGGCAAGAAGACAGCUACAAGGAUUUGGCCCUGAAACAAGUUUCCAUACAGAGGGGUGAAAGUUCACAGGUUAUUCUGUGAACAGUCAUCUCUCUUGUAUCCAACCCACUGAACCAUAAUUUCCAUCAAAGCAGCAAACCACUUAAUGUCUUAAGAUGCACAACUAUAUACAUUAGCAUGGUCAACAGUCAUUUUCACAUUAAGAAAUAAAUAUGCGAUGUCUCGAUUUUAAAGGACAUCCAUGUAGAUAAAACAGACGAAUUCUACUGUUGAUCUUUAUUGAUCUUUAUUUAUUCUUUUAAUUUAUAACAUCUCAAAAUCAUGCGUUCCUUCCCCUUGUUCUUAAAUUUUAGAUUUAUGUUCUCUAGCAAAUAUAUAGCAAAAGUCAUUAACUUAUCAACAGAGGGAGUCAAAAAUUUGGUGCCUCUGGAAAGAGUAUGCAUUAAUCAUUUCCUGUAUUGAUAAGUUAAUACUAAAUUUUUAAAAUAUUACUUUUACACAGUAGUAAAACUGUAUCAUCUUAUUUUCCCCCCCAGCUUUGUAAAUUAUAUGCUGGGGAGAAAAACAUGCCAAUGAUGUGUGACUAGACAUUAAGUUCUCCAAGGUGCUCUGAUGGAAGGAGGCAGCUGUGGAGGUAAAAACAUACCCCUGGUUCAGUUCCUUAUUUGGUGCAGGCCAUGCAGUGUUGAUGUAUAAAGAGAAAAGUUAGCUGAUGCUUGGGUAUCAACUGCCUUGUUGCUACACACCUAAAAUGACUUUUACUUACUUCCAGGUUCAUCCGCCCCUCUUUUCCAGGCAACACUCCUAGAAAAAAGGGUAACUGUGCAGAGUAUAAUACAAAUCCCCAAAUAACCCAGUCUUCCAACUCAGUUUCCAUUCUCUACUACCUUCAUGUUUCUGUACCCCAGUGUGUAUACAGUUCACCAAAAGGCUGCUGAAUCUAGGAAUAGUAAAUAAUACCCACUGGGUCAUGUCCAAAUCAUUUAAUUCCAGAAAACAAAGGUUCAUAACCACUUAAAAAUGUCUUGCUGACAAUAAUAAUACUUUUUUCAUCUAAGAAUAUACUGCAACAAACUAAAAAUGAAAUGGAGUAUGUUGGCAUUCUAGGUGGUUUUUAACAUAAAGGAGAGUGUUGGCUGGAGCAAGGCAAGAAAAGCUGUAUAAUCAUUGAAAAGUUUCCUAAACACAACAGAGACUGUUUUGUGGUAUUUCACAGUGAAGAUAAAUGAUAAACUCUCGGUUGUCUAAUGACUUGUCCACAUUUUAUGAAUGUUCAUUCCUUGGUAUCAGUAACAAAUAUUCUUCUGUAAACAUUUAAGUAGGAAUUUUCCUGAAAGCCAUCCUUUCUUGGUAAAAACUUUGAUAAACACAUCUCAUAUUUUAUCAAAAUGAAUUACAUGUACAUUUAAUAUGUGAAAAUCUGUCAAGUGCCUACAUGACUGGAAACCAAAAAUUUAAGGAAUGUUUGCAAGGAACCAAUUUUAAUCAGUAGGAGAUUGAUUUUUGCAAGCUAUGUUAACAUGAUUUUUAGAUCUAUCUAAGUAUUAUGGAUCAGUACUUUCAUUAUACAAAGAACAGAAUUUUACAAUGGAAUCACCUUCAGAAGUUUCUACCUAGUAAUGUACAUGACUAUUUAAUUUUUAUUUGCCUAAAUACCCUCAACAGCUUCAAGUCUAACUUCCUGAAAUACUGAGACUCAAGCUUCAAGAUUAAUAUUAAAGAAUUGAAUUACUGAAA